AUAAUUCCUAAAAAUUUCAAAUCGGAGUCUCCUAGCGAGUGUCGUCGUUCAAAUUUGCAUAUAGUCAUAGAUUUGGUUUCUGAAAAAUCGGAGGGUGUGACGAUGUCGCAGUUGGUGGACAAGGCGAAGAACUUCGUGGCGGAGAAGGUGGCAAAUAUGAAGAAGCCGGAGGCUACCGUGACGAAUGUGGAUUUGAAGGGGGUGAGUCGGAGCUCUGUGGAAUACAACGCGCAGGUUUCUGUCAUCAAUCCUUACGGACAUCCUAUCCCCAUUUGCCAGAUCUCCUACAGCCUCAAGAGCGCUGGAAGAGAGAUAGCAUCUGGGACAAUGGCGGACCCAGGAUCACUGAAGGCAAGUGACACUACCAUACUGGACGUGCCCGUUAACGUACCCUACAGCAUUCUGGUGAGUCUGGCGAGGGACAUUGGCGCAGACUGGGACAUUGACUACGAGCUAAACUUGGGUCUGACCAUUGACCUCCCCGUCAUUGGCGACAUUACCAUUCCUGUAUCCACUAAAGGCGAGAUCAAGCUCCCUACUCUCUCUGAUGUCUUUUAACUUCUAUUUCCCACCACCUCUUCUCUUUUUUUUUUUUUUUCCUUUUCUUUUUCCCCUGUAAUAAUUAGGAGAACCAGAUCCAUGGAUGUAUUUCAAGUUAUUGAACAUGGCAUGGUGGUUCAACUUCGCGUGCAAUUAUUAUGAUAACCAAUAUUUAAAAUUUCUAA